CCAACAAUGUAAAACAGCUCUGGAUAAGUACCAAGCAGUAAAGCAGGUAAUGUGGGCUAGCAUCUUGGCCUUGACCUGAGACUACCAAUCCAGUAACAGAGUCCUGGGGACACAAGGUAUCAGCUUCCUGCAAAAGGUCCAGAAGAAUAGGAGAUGUCAUGUGCUAGUAGUAUAAACUAGUCCAUGUUGUGAGGACAAGGUAAGGGUGUGUUUCUGGGGAUUGAUAGAGGGCUGAGGCUGCCAUGUACAGGACAGAGGAAUAGGCCUAAGAGUAGAAAUUGGACUUUCAUUUGGGAAGAUUCAAGGAAAUAAAGCUGGAGUAAAAAGUCUCCUCCUAUAUUGGAAGAAACAAGGUAAAAUGAGGCCUCCUGGCAGGGAGAUCAGAGAAACUGACACAAAAAAGUGCUUACCUAGUUUCUUAACCCUUGUGGGGUGGGAGCUGAGUGGGAGCAUAGGAUAGGGAAUUAACUCCAGCCUUCCAGUUCCUCAUUUCCAUUUGCUUGCUAAAUAAAUCCUUACAAUUCAGUUCCCCAGUCAUUUUUAAAACUUCCUCCUUCUUUUGGAAGCCAUUUGUGCUCUGUCAUUUCUGCCUUAAACUUACCUAUUGAAUCCAUUGUCUUACCUCAGUUCCCAGUACCACAAAUGGAAUAGUGGCUUUUAGUUCCUCUUAUCUGGAUAUUACUGUGAUAACCACCUGCCUCCAUUCUGCCCCAGCCCUCUUCACAUACUCUGGUAAGUCUCUCUCCUGUUAAAACUAUUCAGUAGUUACCUAUCCUAGCCUUUGGGCUGAAAUUCUAAGAUCCUCCAGGACAGUGCAGACACCCCCCUGCCAUCCUGUAGUUAGCUGUUCUAAAGCUCUUCCCUGUAGUUCCAACCCUACACACACACUGCACUCCUAUGCUUCAGUGCCUUUGCACAUUCUGUUCCCCCUUCCUGGAAUGGCCUGCAGGCUUUUCCAUGGCCUUCUAGGUUCUGCUACUUCAUGGCAGCCUUUAGGACCCAACCAACCCUGGACCCCUUCACAGAGCACUUAAAAGUUAUAAUUUACUUGUUUGUCUUCCUCAAAAGUCUGCUAUCUACCCAAAGGCAGGGUCUGAGUAUUUCAUCUGUAUUCCCCAGCGUCAGGAACUUAGAGCGAGGCCAACAGCUACAGGACUGCUUUGGGAAACCAAGGCGGGAGGGGCAGUUGGCGGGCUCCUGAGAAGAGAGGCGUGGUUGGGGGGGUGGUGCUAGUGAGGAGGGGCGUGGUCAGAGGCGGGACUCUGCCCUAAACCCUACCCUGGGGCUCUAGGGCGCUUGCGCAGAAAGCGUUAAGAUGGAGAUCCGUGAAGUUGGCGGCCGCACGGCAAUGGUGAGCAAGAAGCGCCCGAAGGUGGCGCCGGAGGAGAGGUUAUUGCCUUCUCCCUCCCAACACUGAAGAGACUAACCCUGAAGAGACUGCCUGACUGGGGUGGUGUUUCUCUGAAAUGAAAUACAUAAAAUGUUUUAUUUCAGAAAUUCCAUGGAAUUAUAGUUGGUACUAUUCUGCAAUGUCUCUAGUUGAAAGCCAAAGUGAAGACAGACAAAGUGAAGAACAAGUGAGAUAUCUGCAAGCUAAUAGCAGAGAACUCAACUCUACCUUUGGAUAUCCCAACAAUACCAUCAAGACCUCAAGAUACAGUGUCUUUAACUUCUUGCCCCUGAACCUGUUUGAACAAUUCCAGAGACUUGCAAAUGCAUAUUUCCUCAUUUUGCUAUUCCUACAGUUGAUUCCCCAGAUCUCCCCCUUGGCAUGGUACACGACUGUGAUACCCCUGAUGGUGGUGCUAUCCAUAACAGCAGUGAAGGAUGCCAUCGAUGAUGUGAAAAGGCACCAAAAUGACAAUCACGUCAACAACCGUUCUGUUCUGGUGGUGAUGAAUGGCAGGAUAAAGGAAGACAAAUGGAUGAAUAUUCAAGUGGGAGAUAUAAUAAAACUAAAAAAUAAUCAGCCUGUCACGGCUGAUGUGCUAUUACUCUCUAGCAGUGAGCCCUAUGGUCUGACAUAUAUAGAAACAGCAGAACUGGAUGGUGAAACCAACCUGAAAGUGAAGCAGUCCAUCUCAAUUACCAGUAACUUGGAAGAUAACCUGGGGCUGCUGUCUGCUUUUGAUGGAAAAGUGAGGUGUGAGUCUCCCAAUAACAAGUUGGACAAAUUCACAGGAAUACUGACUUUUAAGGGAAAAAACUACACCCUGGACCAUGACAAGCUGCUACUCCGAGGCUGCAUCAUCAGGAAUACAGAUUGGUGCUAUGGCUUGGUGAUUUACACUGGACCAGACACCAAAUUAAUGCAGAACUGUGGAAAGUCUACCUUUAAGCGGACACACAUGGACCAUCUCUUGAAUGUCCUUGUGCUCUGGAUUUUCCUGUUUUUAGGCGGCAUGUGUUUUAUCCUAGCAAUUGGGCAUGGCAUUUGGGAAAACAAAAAAGGCUACUACUUCCAGGAUUUUCUACCAUGGGAAGAAUAUGUGUCUUCAUCAGUUGUCUCUGCCAUCCUCACAUUCUGGUCCUACUUCAUUAUUCUCAACACUAUGGUGCCCAUUUCCCUUUAUGUCAGUGUUGAGAUAAUAAGAUUGGGCAACAGUUGCUAUAUCAACUGGGAUCGGAAGAUGUAUUAUGCACCAAAGAACACACCAGCACAGGCUCGCACCACCACCCUUAAUGAGGAACUUGGCCAGGUCAAAUAUGUGUUCUCCGACAAAACCGGAACCCUGACUCAGAACAUCAUGAUUUUCAAUAAGUGUUCUAUUAAUGGGAUAAUCUAUGGUUGUGGCUAUGACAAGAAUGGACAGAAGGUAAAAGUCUCUGAGGAAACAGAAAAGGUCGACUUCUCCUACAACAAACUGGCUGAUCCUAAGUUUUCAUUUUAUGACAAUACUUUGGUGGAAGCCAUGAAAAAGGGAGAUCACUGGGUGCACUUGUUUUUCCUCUCACUCUCAUUGUGUCACACUGUGAUGUCAGAAGAGAAAGUGGAAGGUAAGCUGGUGUACCAGGCUCAGUCCCCAGAUGAAGGUGCCCUCGUCACUGCUGCCAGGAACUUUGGCUUUGUAUUCCGUUCCCGCACAUCUGAGACGAUCAUAGUAGUUGAAAUGGGUGAGACCAAAGUCUACCAACUGCUGGCUAUUUUGGACUUCAGCAAUGUGCGCAAGAGGAUGUCUGUUAUUGUGAGGACACCUGAAGAUCGAGUAAUGUUAUUCUGCAAGGGUGCAGACACCAUUCUCUGUCAGCUGCUCCAUCCAUCCUGUAGAUCCCUCAGAGAUGUAACCAUGGAACAUUUAGAUGAUUUUGCCUUUGAAGGUCUCCGCACCCUCAUGGUGGCCUACCGAGAAGUGGAUAAUGCCUUCUACCAGGCCUGGAGCAAGAAGCACAGUGAAGCCUGCCUGUCUUUGGAAAAUCGGGAAGAUAAAAUGUCAUAUGUCUAUGGAGAGAUGGAAAAAGACUUGAUGCUGUUAGGGGCCACAGCCAUAGAAGACAAGCUCCAGGAUGGUGUACCUGAGACAAUCACCAUCCUGAACAAAGCCAAAAUUAAGAUAUGGGUCUUAACUGGAGAUAAGCAAGAGACUGCUGUGAACGUUGCCUAUGCCUGUAACAUAUUUGAGGAAGAAAUGGAUGGAAUAUUCAUUGUGGAAGGCAAGAAUGAUGAGACUGUUCGGCAAGAACUCAGGUUGGCAAGGAACAAGAUGAAACCUGAGUCUCUACUGGAAUCAGACCCAGUAAACACCUACCUGAACACGAAGCCCCAAAUGCCCUUCAGAAUACCUGAGGAGGUGCCCAAUGGCAACUAUGGCUUGAUCAUCAAUGGCUACAGUCUGGCCUAUGCUCUAGAAGGGAACCUGGAGUUGGAACUGCUGCGAACAGUGUGCAUGUGCAAGGGAGUGAUCUGCUGCCGGAUGACACCCCUUCAGAAGGCCCAGGUGGUAGAGCUGAUGAAGAGGUACAAGAAGGUGGUGACACUGGCCAUCGGGGAUGGGGCCAAUGACGUCAGCAUGAUCAAAGCUGCCCACAUUGGGGUUGGCAUCACUGGCCAGGAGGGAAUGCAGGCCAUGCUCAACAGUGACUAUGCCAUCUCCCAGUUCCACUAUCUUCAGCGUCUACUCUUGGUCCAUGGCCGAUGGUCCUACAAUCGCAUGUGCAAGUUUCUCAGCUACUUCUUUUACAAAAACUUUGCCUUCACCCUGAUGCACUUCUGGUAUGCCUUCUUCAGCGGGUUCUCUGCACAGACAGUUUAUGAUACCUGGUUUAUCACUUUCUACAACCUGGUCUACACCUCCCUCCCUGUCCUGAGCUUGAGUCUGUUUGACCAGGACGUGAAUGAAACAUGGAGUCUACGCUUCCCAGAGCUGUAUGACCCAGGCCAGCACAACCUCUAUUUCAACAAGAAGGAGUUUGUGAAGUGUUUAGUGCGUGGGAUCUAUAGUUCCUUCGUGCUGUUCUUUAUCCCUAUGAGGACCAUUCACAACUCAAUGGACAGUGAUGGGAAAGAGAUCUCUGACUACCAGUCCUUCUCCCUGAUAGUGCAGACUGCUUUGCUCUGCGUGGUCACAGUGCAGAUUGCCCUGGACACAACCUACUGGACGUUGAUAAGCCACAUCUUCACCUGGGGUAGCCUGGGUUUCUACUUUUGCAUCUUAUUCCUCCUGUACAGUGAUGGCUUGUGCCUAAUGUUCCCCAACGUCUUCCAAUUCCUAGGUGUGGCCAGGAACACUCUGAACCUGCCACAAAUGUGGCUGAUUAUUAUCCUCAGCGUGGUCCUCUGUAUUUUGCCUGUGAUUGGGUACCGAUUUCUCAAACCAUUGUUCUGGCCUGCCGACGUGGACAAGAUUAUGAACAGAAUUCAUCUUUGGACAAGACAUCCACUGCUACCCCCUACCCAGACCAAACUGAGACACAGAAGGCCUCGACGUUCUGCCUAUGCAUUCUCCCACAAACAGGGCUUUGGGGCCCUCAUCACUUCAGGCAAAACAAUGAAGGACAAGGUAUUCAAGAAAAACAACUUUCCUUUUAAAAAGUAAAGGUCCUUAGGGAAAUCCCAAAGGAAUCAGUCAUUGCUCUUCCUCCCUUGUAUCCACACAAAUUAAUAAGGAUGGAUUAGAGCCCCAGGGAAACUAGCAUAAACCUGCCAUUCUGCUCUCACUCUAGGGGCUCAGCCUCUUCAUUCCCUAGAAGGUUGUGGCCAGGUAAGGCAAGGAAAGCUAAAGAAAGGACCUCCAGAUAUCUGUCAGAGUUGCAGCGGUUCGAGAAAAAGUGACGUCAGGCUUCCCUUCCACCAACCCUUCCAAGUUUUAAUCCACACAAGCAACUAUGGAAGUGGUGAGUGAAGAGGGGCAACAUAAGAAAGGGGG